AGGCCCACCAUUUCAUUCGGUUCCCAUGUGCACCAAACCAAAACAUAAACAAAACAACUCAAAUUUGUGCUUCUACUGUCAUACAGGUUGGCGAAUCAUUACAAGUACGCCCAGGAAUACUUCUUUCUUUAUUAGGAGGAAGAAAAAGGGCAGCAGCAGUAUAAAACCUGCCCUGCCUGAGCCUGACUAGUGACAAAUCUGCCCUGUCCUGGAUGCUGGACGAGCCUCAAGGCUCAAGCCCUCAACGCCAGAUGAGACGAAGAAAAGCAACCAACUCCUCUUUCGCGGUUUCGCCUCACCGGCCGCGCCGCCCAACCGUCGCCUCGACUCCUCCCUCCUCUCCGAAUCCCCAACCAAGCUGAAGAACCAAUCCUGAAACAGAAAUGGAGAGCUCCUCAGCUAGGAGCAAUGCUUCUGCGGAGAACCGCUUGGGUUAUACAAGAAGUGCAUCCAUGGAUUCAGCAGCUCCUCCUUUAGCUGUUAGGUCUGGCUCAAUGUUAAGUAGGAGAAGCAGCAGACAGGGAUCAAUGGGAUCCAUCAGCCUCUCCCGCGAGAUGGGAGACUCCAUACUGAACUCAAUGAGGCAUUCUCUUCAGUCAGCAGAUCAAUUGCUAGGAGACGUCGAUAGCUCGGUUCUAGCUCAGCUCAUCGAAAGUGGUCGAAUUUUAGCACCUGAAGUUGAUGCUAAUGAGGAUAUAGCAAAUGCCUUGGAGCAUCAUAAGGUUGGUCCGCUUCCAGAUGAUGCAAUGAUGCCAAACAAUGGCAAAAUUGCAGCAGCACCUGUAUCUUCAGUUGAAACGAAAGAUAUUAUUUCUAAUGCUCCAGCAGAUUCAUCUACCAAGGUUGAACCUUAUAAGCUUUCUCUGAGGCUUGAUUAUGCUGCUUACAUGAUCCAUUUAGCUGUCUUUGGAUUUUUCGGGGUAUUCACAAGAUAUGGACUCCAAAAGCUGUUUGGCCCAGAAUGCUUGGCACUCACCUCAGACCAAAGCCCGCUAUACCCUGAUCUUCCUUCUAAUAUGCUCGGAUCUUUCCUGAUGGGCUGGUUUGGGAUCAUCUUCAAGGCUGAUAUACAGCACAUAUCUAAUCAUCUUAUCGUCGGAAUCACAACGGGCUACAUGGGAAGCCUUACCACUUUCAGUGGGUGGAACCAGAAAAUGGUUGGCUUGUCUUCCAGAGGCCACUGGGUAUAUGCUAUAGCAGGCAUAGUACUAGGAAUGUUCAUUGUCAAUGAGUCCAUCACAAUUGGUGCCGAGACAGGCGAGCGCCUACGGAGUUUGAUCCUGAAAUACAUCAGGGAGAGGAGUUCAAUAGGUCACAAAUAUGACUGGGAGCAGUGGAGGGUUGAUACCAGGACUAAGCAGUCUGUGCUUCUGUCAGUGAUGAUGAUAUUGAUGUCUUUCUUAUGGAUUCUGAGCAUUGCGUUGGCUGUAGUAAAGGUGCGUAGUCUUGCUGAUGGUGCUGUACUCUGGAUGGGCUGCUCGGUAGUGCCUCCAGGUGUUUGGCUACGCUGGUACCUGGCAAGGCUCAAUGGCCAGGGAAUUGGAAAGCAGGGGUCCUUCAAAUGGCUGCCCAUUGGGACCCUUGCAGCCAAUGUUCUUGCUGCAGGCGUCAUGGCAGCACUUGCUGUAACAUCCAAAGUGGUACAUACAAAACAAGCGAUGACAAUUCUUAGUGGCAUACAGCUUGGCUUCCUUGGUUGCUUAAGCACAGUGUCUACUUUUGCUGCUGAAGUUUACACCAUGAGAAGAAGCGGACAGAUUGCGAGGGCCUUUGUUUAUGCUGCAUCCACCUUCUUGCUCUCUUUUGUGCUGGGAACUCUAAUAUACUCUGUGCCAGUUUGGGAAAAGCAUUAUGGAUGACCUUUGGCAACUUCUGGAUUCAUCAUGUUAGCAGAUGGCUCAAAUACGCAAUGCAACCUUUGAGAACAUGUAAGAUUGUGUCAUUGUCCUUUGAAAGAACGUCAAAAGCUAAACAGGAGUACAGGGUACGGAGCCGAAGAGCUUGAAGGCUCAUGGCUACAGGAGAGAAACAUGGUCAAAUAUGUAAUUUAGCUGCACAAAUUUCUGCAGAAUAGACCAAUAAUCACAAUACAUACCUGGCUAGGAAAAAGGAGUUCAGCUUUACCAGUAGAAUUCAUGUAGUAUGGAUGAAUUUUUGACUAGGAGAAUGAAGCAUAUGUAUGUUCAAAAUGUGUACAUCUGUAUCUAUGAACCAAAUGGUAUCAUUAAUAUGUGAGAUGUACAUAUGGUGCUUCGAUUAGUGUGGGAUUAGCUCCAAUUGUGUUGUGAUGCUGUCUCAUAGCAAUACAUCUGGACAUAUUCCAGGUAAAGACCUGUUAGUCUAAUCCUUCUCCCUGUCAGGCUCAAGAGUCAAGAUAGCCAGUUUUCAGCAGAAAAGAUUUUUUUUUUAUGAUGCCAUGUACUCUUGCGAAAAGAAACAGUAUAUACUGAAAUGAAAAGAUAUGUUGUUUUUGUGAUGUU